AAAAAGAAUAGAAUCGUCAAAUUUACGUCACUUUUCCUAUCUUCCUACCUUGACUUUAUGGCCAGGUCAAACAUUAUAAAGUGGCAUAAAAGUGGUGUCAUGCAACCACGGUAGCACAGGGGUAGCAUUUGUCUAAUUGUCUUAAUGCGCCCCACUGUGGUCACAUGUAGUAAUCACAUGCGGUGAAGUUAUUGGCGGCAACGGCCCGCCAACAAAUACUGUACAUCACGUCAUGACAGUCUUGUUAGCUUGAGGAGUGUGUUGUGAGUUUCGUGUAGCUGCAUUUGCAAACAUGUUUGUUGCACGCAGCAUUGCAGCAGAUCAUAAAGAUCUGAUUCAUGAUGUGUCGUAUGAUUUUCAUGGUCGGAGAAUGGCGACUUGUUCCAGUGACCAAAGUGUCAAAGUGUGGGACAAGAGUGAGAACGGAGAAUGGCACUGUACUGCCAGCUGGAAGACGCAUAGUGGAUCCGUGUGGAGAGUGACCUGGGCUCAUCCAGAAUUUGGACAAGUUCUUGCUUCAUGCUCCUUUGACAGGACAGCGGCUGUCUGGGAGGAGAUAGUAGGAGAGUCAAAUGACAAACAGAGAGGACAGAGCCAUUGGAUAAAAAGAACCACACUUGUGGACAGUAGAACAUCAGUGACCGAUGUGAAAUUUGCUCCUAAACACAUGGGCCUAAUGCUGACCACGUGUUCAGCGGACGGAGUUGUGAGGAUCUAUGAGGCUCCAGACGUCAUGAACCUGAGUCAGUGGUCCCUGCAGCAUGAAAUCUCUUGCAAACUCAGCUGCAGCUGCAUUUCUUGGAACCCGUCCAGCUCCCGCGCCCACCCACCAAUGUUUGCAGUGGGGAGUGACGACGGCAACGUGACGUAUGGUGGCAAAGUCCAGAUCUAUGAGUACAAUGAAAACACAAGAAAAUAUGCCAAAGCUGAGACUCUGGCGACCAUCACAGAUGCAGUUCAUGACACUGCAUUUGCUCCAAACCUGGGACGAUCUUUCCAUGUCCUCGCCAUUGCAACAAAAGAUGUCCGAAUCUUUAAGCUUGUCCCUUUAAGGAAGGAGAGCACCUCGACAGGACCCACCAAGUUUGAGGUGCAGAUUGUCGCCCAGUUUGAUAACCACAACUCCCAAGUGUGGCGUGUGAGCUGGAACAUCACCAGCACCUUGCUGGCCUCUUCUGGGGAUGAUGGCUGCGUGCGUCUAUGGAAAGCCAACUACAUGGACAACUGGAAGUGCACAGGCAUCCUGAAGGGAGACGGCAGCCCGCUAACUGGUUCAUCUGGUCAGCCCACAGUCAUGAGAACUGUGGUGGGCUCCUCUGCUCAGGCCUCCCAGAAUGCACUAAAUGGAAUUUCCGCAGGAAGGUAUUUCUUUCCGCCUCUGGAUCCCCCCAGAGCUGCAACCGGGCAUGGUCACCUGCUGCCUCCCCCCUCACUCAUAGAGCACUGUGAUGUUGAGCACAAUCAGCCUCAGCAGCAGUCCGUAUCAUGCAGACUUUCCUCCAGAUCAUUGGUGUCCUUGUCCGAGUCUGACGGGCAGUAACAUUGCAUAUCGAUUGCAUAUAGGCUACAAAUAAGGAACGAUGUGGUAGGCGAGAUGGGUCGCACAUAUGCUUCAAACUGAGAUUUGUAUUUUUGUCCUAUACCUUUUUUUCUUGUAUAUAUAUACAUGAAAAUAAAGUCCAACCCAG